UCUCACGUCACUGACUGUAGAGAGCUAUUGAUGGGUCUCAGCCCCCACCUUGCUGUCACCCUGUUCUGCUUUCUCAUAUGUACCGGGAACGGUAUCCACGGAUGUAACGACAGCCCUCUGAGAGAGAUCAUCAACACUUUGAACCAGGUCACAGAAAAAGGGACUCCAUGCACCGAGAUGUUUGUACCAGACGUCCUUACGGCAACAAGGAACACCACGGAGAACGAGCUCAUCUGCAGGGCUUCCAGGGUGCUUCGCAAAUUUUACUUCCCACGUGAUGUACCUCCGUGCUUGAAGAACAAGUCUGGGGUUCUCGGUGAACUGAGGAAACUCUGUAGAGGUGUCAGCGGUCUGAACUCACUGAGAAGCUGCACCGUGAAUGAGUCCACGCUCACAACACUGAAAGACUUCCUGGAAAGCCUAAAAAGCAUCCUACGAGGGAAAUACUUGCAGUCCUGCACUUCCAUGUCCUAAC